CCCAGAGGUUCGAAACAUCGCCGUUGUAUGUUUUGACCCCUUACUGUCGCUCUGCGGUGCACCGCGCAUGACAACCGCAACCACAAUUGAGUGAAGCGGCUUCACCAAUCAAGGCGAUUGUAUGCUCCUGUGCAUCAGCAAACUGUGAGGGCUCUUCGACUUUCGAGAGCCAGCACGCGUCUUCGCCGCUAUGGCAGAGGUCGACGGUAACCUUGCGCUCGAUGCCGCACCACCACGGAAGAAGUUGAAGCUCUCGGACCUUCCCAUAUCACAGACAAAGCGAUCAGCGAUCGACAACCUGCUCCACACUUUUCGGAAGAAGGGCGAAUACGAUGCCAUGCGCAAGGCCCUGUUCGCGCAAUUCGAAGCGGAUCCCGCAAAAGCCGCUCUACUUGCGUCCCUUGAAGAGCUUGUCGACCGCGAAACGGACCGCGACCCAACCUUACUGUCCAAGGAACCCCGUGUCGCUGCGACCCUGAUUGAAGGCGCUGGAGAGCGCAGCGACAUAUACAAAAACGUUACGGAAACAUUCACCAAGCUCAUUGAUCAAAUGUUCGAGUCGCAGGGUGCCCAGAAGAUGCGCGAGUAUCGCAUACAGGAAGUGGGCGAAGAAGCAGCGGCUGAGGAGGAACGGCGUGGGAGUAAGACUGAAGAAGACUAUGCGCGUGCUGCGGAGGCUCGGCGACAGGAGCGUGCAGCUGUACGAGAAAAGGAGCGCGAGGCAGAGCGAGAGAAAGAGAGACAGGAAAAAGCGAAGAGGGAUGAGCGAAGACGGCUGGAGCGUGAAGCGAAGGAAGCUCGUGAGAAGGAAAGGGAAAAGGAACGCCAAGAACGCGAGGAAAGGAGACGCAGGGAACGGGAGGAACUUGACCGGCAGGAAGAGGAACGACGCCGCCAGGAUAGGGAGCGUGCGUUGAAAGAACGAGAGGAACGGGAAGAAAGACGCAGACGGGAGGAUGAGGAGCUGGAUCGCCGCAGAAGAGAGAGGGAGCGAGAACGUGAGCGAGAACAUGAGCGCGAGCGUGAGCGUGAGCGUGAUCGUGACAAGGACCGUGAUCGUGAACGCGACCGUGACCGUGGCAGGCGUCGAGAUCGGUACCGGACGCGCAGCAGGACCCCGGACCGCGGCAGAGACAGGGACCGACGCAGGACCAGAAGCCCAGAUUUAGAGCCUGAGCCCGAAAAAGAAUUGAACUUGGAAGACAUCAAGGUGGAUGACGAUCUGGCUCUCCAGGCUCUACUUCAGGAGAGCGAGGAAAUGAAGAAGGCUCGACAGCGGCCAUCACUCCCACGUUCUGAGUCUCUGGAACCGCCAGUGCGCAAGGCCCAUCCUCCCAAAUCCCUCGUCCCCCGUGAUCCAGUCUCCAGGGUGAAGGGCGACGCGAAAUCGCCUGUCAAGUUGGAGAUCUCUGCUCUGUCCUCAACUGCUGCAAAGGACGAAGAUACCCCCAUGCCGGACGCUCCAGCCGAUAAGUCAACCGAGGAAUCCAAACCCAAAUCAAGGUUUGACCAGGCUCCGCCUGCGAGGAGCACGAAAGCACGUUCACGAUCUCGUAGCCCCGAUCGGGCCAGCAGGCGAAAGCACAGUCGAAGUCGCUCCCCUUCGCGCGAGAGUCGAUAUGACCGCCGUCGCUCCUCGCGCUACGAAACACGGGACGAUAGGUUAUCGUAUCGCCCCCGUGAUGACAGCAGGUCAAGACGCUCACGUCGAGACGACCGCUCACGACACAGCCGCAGCCCUUCUCGUGAGACCUACUCUGGUCGCCGCAAGUCUCGCUACGACUCCCGCAGUCGCUCCCGUGAACGACGUCGAUCUCGUUCCCAUGAUCGCCGUGGGCGAGACGGGACGCCUCCACGCCGCCGUGAACGCUCGCGAUCACGGGACCGUGAAGGCAUUGAUCGUUAUGUACCUGGGGGCGGCCGCUCGAAAGCUUCUCAUACAAGGGAUCGCAGUGUCUCGCGCGACCGUGACAGAGACCGGCAUAGGGACCGGGACCGGGACCAAGACAGAGACAGAGAUAGGGAUAGGGAUAGGGAUAGGGAUAGGGAUAGAGAUAGGGACAGGGACAGAGAUAGAGAUAGGGACAGGGGCUACAGAUCACGCGAUUAUGAACGAAGGGGCCCGACCAGGUAUCAAGAAUCCGAUUGCUGGAACCCUAGUUCGGAUAGGAAAGAUAAAGGAAAAGACAAGGACAGGGAGAGGUCGAGAGAGCGGUCUAGGGACAGAGAUCGGGAGCGCAGGAAGCGAGAGAGGAGUAGAGAGAGGAGUAGGGAGCGGAGCCCAAGUCGAAGUCGAAGUAGGAGGAGGUAAUUUCGACGUUGGAGUCCAUCUCAAGGUCCUGCUUAAAAGCUUGACCAGAUACAUUAUAGGAGAUAUCUCAGGCUCAGAGAUAGAAUUCCUGCGGGUAUUUGCGCAGGUUUUGUGCGUGGGAGCCUUGGAUACCGGCUCAGAAAUUCAGACACCCCUCUCGAAGUCUGCGUUCUCUGGGCUCGUCUAUCAAUAAUAACGGAUCUCGUGGCGAGCAGUUACAACUCGUGCUCGCUAGUUAAUGCCACUACAUGCUAUUUCUCC